AUGAUAGGGACGAAAAUUCAAUCCUUUGUCUUAGCCAAGACGGCCAGAGAGUAUGAACAUUUGUUGAAGGAGAAGCAAUGUUUGUUCAUCCGUAAUCCUUCAUUAGGCGAGAAUCGACAGAAAGUGAAGUAUGUCCAUAUUUCGACGAAAAUUAAUCUAAACAGCAACGCAAUAGUUUCGGUUUGUGAUGAACCUGUUGGUACUGAGUGGGGAUUCGACUUCUCUCCUUUUAGUUCUGUUGUUGAAGACCCGACUGACGACAAUAAGUCCUUUAAAAGUCCAAUUGACGUAAUUGGUUUUGUCGUUAAGAGUUUUCCUUAUGAUCUAAAAGAGGAUACCAAAGACGGGAAACAAGAAAAGAAGCUAACAUUCAUGCUUCAGGAUUUAGAGUUUGUUAAUCCUUUUUUUGUCUACUAACUAUAUAUAACUCAAUCACUCAUAUUCUAAUUUUUAACUUAUGUUAUUUUUUUUCAUAGAGGGAAG